AUGUUGGACGAAUCGCCACCGACAAAUUUGUCCGCCCACACCAGCCCAAUUUCUCCAGACCAGCCAGUACCACCCCCGAAUCCUGCCACAGGAAAGCUCUUCCUCAAAAUAUCCCACGACAAAAUCAUGAAUCUUCGUCCUCGACGUUCUUCCAGCUAUGCCUCUGGCUCAGAGUAUCACGUCAGCGAAAAAUCUGUCAACAUGGAUGAUGCAGGCGACGAUGAUCAGCCCGAGGAACCAGCGCCUGAACCCGAAAAGAUGGUGACUCGACAUGGGAGGAAAACCCUCAAAGUUACAUACGCCGAGAGCAGCGAGAACGACGGGGAAGACGAAGACGAAGAGGCUAUUCCACCAGCUUCCGACCUCUUUGACGUUGACGAUAACAAAGUGCGGAGAGUGACUAGACAGACUGCUCGAAGGAAUGUGAUUCGCGACGAGGAUGACGAGGAUGAGUCCCCGCCGAAUCACGGGAGGAAGAAGAAAGAAUCUGAUCUCGACGGGUUUAUCGUACAGGACGAGGAUGACGGGUUCACUGGGCCCGCCACCCGCAGUAGACUUUCUCGCACCAGAUCGGGGAAUGCACCUCCCCCUUUGACACAGAAGGAGAAGGAGGCCAAAGAAAGACAGAAACAGCGAGCACAGCGAUCACAAAGAUUAACUCGCAGGGCAGCUUCUCGAGCAGAACAAAAGUCUGAGCAGGAUUUCGAGCCAGAUCAUAGUUCCUCGCCUGGGUCUGCUGAUGCGGACGGCUCUAUCGACGACGUUGCUCAGUCCUCCGACUUGGAGAUGGAACCCGAGCCAGAACCCGAACCCGACCCGGAAGACGAGGGAGAUGGCAAGCCGUAUGCUCUCAGACGCAGGAAGGACAUCAACUACGCCAUCCCGCCACCUCUCGAAGAUUUGGUCAAACCCCCUCCACGUCAGGGAGGAGGCAAAAAUGGAAGGAGUUCCGGUGGCGGUGGGAAAGGGAGACCACGCCUUGGAUGGAGUGCCAGUGGUAAAGAGCUCACGAAGUGGAUGGAUGGGCCAGGGCGCGGGGAUGAUUCUGACUCUGAUUACCCAACAAGGACACCGAGGAAACCAUUUGGUGGCAUUGCACCUUUUGGAGCUGGCGCUGUAGCAGGCGGUGGUAUGAUUGGUGACCUCGCUGCAGGAGGAACACCUUCAAAUCUGGGGAAAAUUGGCGACUCUGCCCUUGCGGACGCCGAUCCACUAGGCGUUAACCAAAACGUCACUUUCGAUGAAGUUGGCGGGUUAGACGAUCAUAUUCAUGCUCUCAAGGAAAUGACCUUGCUUCCUUUGUUAUAUCCAGAGGUUUUCCAGAGGUUCAAUGUUACGCCUCCUCGCGGCGUUUUGUUCCAUGGUCCUCCAGGAACAGGUAAGACGCUCCUCGCACGAGCACUUGCUGCAAGCUGUAGAACAGGCGGCCGCCAGAUCUCCUUCUUCAUGCGAAAGGGAGCCGACUGUCUCUCCAAAUGGGUCGGAGAGGCCGAGCGGCAGCUGCGUCUGCUCUUCGAAGAAGCGCGCAACUCGCAGCCGUCCAUCAUCUUCUUCGACGAGAUUGACGGUCUCGCGCCCGUGCGCUCGUCGAAGCAGGAUCAAAUCCAUGCGUCGAUCGUCAGCACGCUGUUGGCGCUGAUGGACGGUAUGGACGGGCGUGGUCAGGUCGUCGUCAUUGGUGCGACGAAUCGUCCGGACGCGGUGGAUUCGGCGCUGAGGAGGCCCGGGAGGUUCGAUAGGGAGUUUUAUUUUGGGCUGCCGACGCUUGAUGCGCGGGAGAAGAUCUUGACUAUUAUGACAAGGAAGUGGGAGGGGUGGGGUAUCAAUGAAGAGGAGAUGGGCCCAGAGGCAGAAGAGAAAAAGAGGGAAGUGAAGGAAAAGAUUAGAGGAUUGGCCAAGUUGACCAAAGGGUAUGGGGGUGCUGAUUUGAGGGCCCUGUGCACUGAAGCUGCGCUGAAUGCGAUUCAGAGAAGAUAUCCGCAAGUCUACAAGAGUAAUAAUCGUCUGCUUUUAAAACCCGAGACGAUUGGUGUUGGUCUGCGCGAUUUUAUGAUUUCGAUAAAGAAGCUUGUCCCAUCAUCUGCUCGAUCGUCUUCAUCAGCUGCGUCACCGCUGCCGGUGCAAUUUGUACCUCUGCUGGAUGGCACUCUGCAAAAGGUUAAAGAUGUUAUACAGCGCGUUAUGCCUGUGGAGAAGAAGCUCAGUGCAUUGGAAGAAGCUGAGUUUGAGGAUGAGGGUGGAGAAGAGGGUGCAUUGGAGAAAGAAAUGUUAUCUCAAGCCAUGCAAACGUUACGUAUAUACCGACCACGAGUGGUCAUCCAUGGUCCUGUUGGAAUGGGACAAGGAUAUAUUGGUGCAGCUGUCCUUCAUCACCUGGAAGGCUACCAUGUACAGAGCCUGGAACUUGGAACGUUGAUGAGCGAUUCUACCAGGACUGUCGAAGCUGCCAUCGUGCAGCUUUUCGUCGAGGCUAAACGGAACCAACCGUCUGUUAUCUAUAUACCCUCGUUAGUAGGGUGGUGUGCUGCUGUAUCGGAGACCUCCCGAUCGACUGUGCGCGCCAUGCUUGAUACCCUCGCCCCGACGGAUCCCAUUCUCCUCCUAGCCGUUGUCGACGGCCGAUUUUCUGAUCUGCCCAAGGAUGUGCGCGCCUGGUUUGGGCCGACAAAAGAUAACCGUGUGGCACUCACAAUGCCGUCCGCUGACGAACGGGAGGCCUUCUUCGAAGGGCUUCUGGCAGAUAUCCAACGGCCGCCAAAUAGAUUCGCAGAUGGGAUGGAACGGAAGAAGAGGAAGCUGGAAGAGCUGGAAGAGGCGCCGCCAGUGGAACCUCGGAAGCCGACGCCGGCGGAGUUGGCGUUGCAGGAAGAGAGUGAUAUGAAGAUUUUGACGUUGCUCAAGUAUCGGUUGGGACCUAUUUUGACUGAGCUCAGGAGGAAGUUUAAGAGGUUUACGAAAAAAGCUUCGGAGGAAUACGGCUUUGACCCAACAGACGACCGCAAAGUUUAUCUGGAGCCAAUCACUGUGCCUGUUGAGGUGUCUCGAGACCGAGGAAUCAAUGGGGUCAUCGAUAUCACUGGCGAACAAGGUGAUCAACCUUUCAUGGACAAUGACCGGAUGGAGGGUAUUGCAGAUACGCAACAGCAAGUAUUGCAACAAGCCAAAUUCCUAUACAACACCGAUUUGGACAGGAUGAUGACUGAUCUGUACAAAGGCUACUACCUGACCCCCCAGGACUUCCUCGACGAGGUUGGGAAGAUGGUGCAUAACGCAAACAUGUACGAGCAGAUUGAUGUGGAUCGGUUGCAUAAAGCACAGGCGAUGUUUACGGCUGCCGAGGUCAGCAUCCAGGAGUUUGAUCCGCAGCUCAGGCAGGAGUGUGAGCGGAUGGCGGGGAGGGAGCGGCAGCGGCGCGAGGAGCACAAGCGGGAGAAGGAGAAGGAGAAAGGCAAGGAUAAGGAGGUGAAUGGGCAUGGACCGCCUGCGGGUGCGAGGAGGAGUGCUAGGAAUAAUGGACUGGAGCCCGAGCAUUCUAUCACCGAUCCUGUAAAGCUGGAGCGGCGAUUGAAGAGGCAGAGGGGCGAGGAGAGCAGUGGUGCUGACUCGCAUGGAUCGGAGGGCGAGACGGCGAAUGGGAUGGUCAAUAAUGUUAAUGCUAACAACGUCAAUGGCGAGCGGGACGCGAAGAGGUCAAGGAUUAUAGAUGAUCAGGAUGACGAUCGCGACCCGUUGGAUACCCUUGGUUCGUCGAGGCCUGGCUCUGAACUGCGUCCGCAUCAAGUCCGUUUCGCUCAGACUGAACCCAUCGAACCCAUGAGACCCCUUUUGCCCGAAUCGAAUGGCUACAAUUUUAACUCAUAUCAACAACUCCCUAUGAACUCGCACCCUUCAUUGCCCCCGCUCAACCAUGUUAACCAUGUCAAUCAUAUUCAGUAUCCACAACCUUAUUCGCCCCAAUAUCCCCAGCAUCACCAAGUGGAUAUGAACAUGAACAUGAAUAUUGACAUGACUCCAAGAAGACAAGGUGGCUUCGACCCGUCGCUGCUCAACCCAGCACCACAAGAUGUCUACGGCAUCCAUGGACAUUCUGGACACUUCUCUUCAAGGCCGAAUGACAUGCCUCUCUUCCCUCGUGAUGAAAACGAUGUUUUCUCAACACCAAGCAAUCAAUCGAUGUCACAUUUAUCAAUACCCAAUUCAUCGAUGUCGAACUCCUCGAUGCAGAAUCUUUCGGUGCCGAAUCCGUCGCUGUCGAAUCAGCCUCAAUAUCCAUUUUCACUUACACAAAUGCUCCAGGAAGCCAGUCUACCGCAAGAGUCUCAACUUCCACCGACGCAGCUGCAACCGCCACACCAGCGUGUUGCAUCACGCAGUCCAGCACCAUCUAUGCAGGUGUCAUAUUCUGCAGGGUCGGAAAGGGUGUCAACUCCAACACCCAUCCCAGUCGCGUCGUCUUCGGCGCGUUUGUUGACACCAGAACCCCCUAAGCCUGAGCCGAUGGUUAUCGAACGGACACCUACGCCUCUGCCCGAAUUCCAUGUCUCGUCCUCAUUGUUGUCCGACCUUCGCAGGUUGCUCAAGGAAAGCACAACGGACCUGAAUAUCGAGCAGCUUGAACAGCUUCGUGCCACUUCUCUUGGGACUGUGUGGCGGCAUCGUAAGGAGUGGGUGCGGGAUGGGUUGGUCGAGCAAUUGCUCAAGGAUGUGAAGGAUUUCAUCGCUGAUGUUAGGGAAGACAGUGACCUUGACGAUUGA